CGCCACUAACAACAAGCCAGCAACUCACGUGCAAGUGGCCAACAGUUGGCCUAAAAUUAGAACGUUGACUGUCGCAACAGUGACGUGCGUGACAUUGAAUCUCAUUUUGCGGCAUCGCAGAGACUGAGAGAAAGCUACUACAAGCAAAAAAUAAACGAGGAAGCAUUGCUGUGGUGGUGGUGAUUUGGUUCGUUGGCUGGCAGUAUCAGCUGCUCGCUCUGCGCGUAGGGAAAAAAUAAAAUUCUUAUUAAGUAGAGAAUUGCGUAUCGCUUGUUUAACAAUUGCGAAAAUUCUCCAAUAGCCAAGGAAAACGUACAAUAACACACUGCAAACUUGCAUUCCCCAUCAGGCGUUGCAUUUUAUUAACAGCCAAUGCCAGAUGAACACAAAGUAACAAACACUAGCAAAGACCAGAAAAGCAACGACUUCUACACAAAACUGGAAACUGUGAGUCAAAACGUAACCACUGAGUUCCACGCGCCUGCAUUUAAUAUCAACGCAAACGGCAGACUGUUUGUUGUAUAACCGCCACACGAAAGCGAGCUAGCAGUAUUCCAAAAGUGACCUAAACGUGUCCAAAAGUGAAAUCGCAGCCAUGUCCAUCGCACAGACAGUACCAGUACCAGAAAAGAAGAAGAGUGUACCCAAUGGCAUUAAGUUUCUUUUUGGUGGUCUCUCUGGCAUGGGUGCCACGAUGGUAGUGCAACCCCUGGAUUUGGUGAAGACACGAAUGCAAAUCUCUGGAGCGGGAAGCGGCAAGAAAGAGUUUCGUAAUUCGUUCCACUGUAUCCAGACGGUGGUGAGUCGCGAGGGACCUUUAGGUCUGUAUCAAGGCAUUGGAGCGGCCCUGCUGCGUCAGGCUACCUACACCACUGGCCGCCUGGGAAUGUACACCUAUUUGAAUGAUGUUUAUCGCUCACGGUUCGAACGGGAGCCUAAUGUAAUGGACAGCAUGGCCAUGGGAACUAUUGCUGGAGCAUGUGGCGCUUUCAUCGGUACGCCCGCUGAGGUGGCCUUGGUGCGUAUGACCUCGGAUGGACGCCUCCCACCGGCUGAGAGACGUAACUACAAAAAUGUGGCCAAUGCUUUGAUGCGCAUCACCAAGGAAGAGGGUCUAACAGCAUUAUGGAGAGGCAGUUUGCCAACCGUAGGACGCGCCAUGGUUGUGAAUAUGACUCAAUUGGCUUCAUAUUCGCAGUUUAAGACCUAUUUCCGAACCGGACCGCUGCAAAUGGAUGAGGGCAUUAAGCUGCACUUCUGCGCCAGCAUGUUGUCUGGCCUGCUAACCACUAUAACAUCAAUGCCUUUGGACAUUGCUAAGACCCGCAUACAAAAUAUGAAGAUGGUGGAUGGAAAACCAGAAUAUCGCGGCACCGUCGACGUCUUGUUGCGUGUGGCCCGCCAAGAGGGCGUAUUUGCGCUCUGGAAGGGAUUUACGCCCUACUAUUGUCGUUUGGGGCCGCACACAGUGCUCACUUUUAUAUUGCUGGAGCAACUGAAUCAGGGCUUCAACAAAUACGUUUUGGGUGUGGAAAAAAGCGGUUCGGGAUUGUGAGCAAAAACUGAAUCAGAAGUUGUUAAAGUUUUGCAAUCGUACCUAUACCACAUACACUUAUCCACAUACCUUAUUAUAAGAAAAUCGAUGUACGACCAGCGAUCUAUGCCAAUAUCAAAAGCGAACCCUAAUCAGCCGAGCUAACAAAGUUGUGAAGAGAGUAGGAUUAAACCAGGACAAUAUAACUGCGAGUGUACUCGUAUAUAUUUAAUACAUGUAAUCAACGUAGGGCAUUUAAGAAUCGGAAAUUCCGUUGACAAUAUUACAAUGUUGAGACAGUUUUCUAUAUAACUUGUUAAGCUUUAAGUUGAAAGUCGAUUCUCAAUAAAGCACAUAUAAUCAAACGACA